AUGACUGACCAAAGGGGGAGGAGGUGAGGGGGGGCUUGUGGGUGGGUGUUGGGGGGAGGGGGAGAUUCCCAACAAGCCCAGUUCCUCACUGAGCUCACCCUUGAAUGCCUGCCAGGGCCCUACACCCCCCCACCCCGGCCCAGGCCCCCACACUCCAUUCUCCCUACUAACACUAGUUCUUCUGUCCCCUCCACCUACCUCCAUGACCCAGCUCUGCUCACCCAGACACAAAGCUUUUGCAAAUCCCAUCCCAGCCCCUCCCAGGGGCCUGGGUACUGGGGAGGGGGCAGGCGGUGCAGUGCAACCAUGGGUGUUCCCCUGGGACCCUAGCCGGGCCCAGUUCCUGGACAGUGUCCUAGGGCUGGGGGUACUGGGGCUGGCAAUCCGGACGAUCUUCUCUGUGGCAGGCCCAGCCCUGCUAUCGCUGCUGGUGCUGCUACUGGUUUGUUUCCUCACCUUCGACCUGCUCCACAGGCCCACGCCUCCUGCCCAGCCACAACACAGACUGCUCGCAACGCGCCAGAGUCAGGGGGCCGGCGAGGGUCCAGGACAGCGGGCGGCCCUGCUCCUACCUACAGGGACAGUCACAGGACAACCUGGCCUCCGGGAUGUGAUGCUGCUGCUGCUUAUGGGCCUGGGGCUGCUCCUGGGAGCUCAUGGCAUGGCCGCAGCUCCAUUUGGCCUGGCUCUCUGCCUCCAUCUCUGGGCCUGAGCACCCCUUCCCCAAGCACCGAGUGCCCUCCAGAACUACACUGGCCAUCCUGCUCCCUUAGGCUUCUUGUCUCUGUUCUGAGCU